AUUCCAAUGAUAGAACAUAUACCCUGGCAACAAAAGAAUAUUCGGGUGCCCCCUGCUUUACUACCAAAGGUCUUGAAGGCCUUGCAAGACAAACUGAAUGUGGGCAUAUAUGAAACCUCCCAAUCCUCAUACCAAUCCCACUGGUUCUGUGUUCUGAAGAAAGACGGCUCCCUUCAUCCUGUUUUGGACCUGCAACCAUUGAAUGGCAUAACAAUUUGGGACUCCACCCUCCCUCUGCUUUCUGAACCCCUCGUCAAAUCUUAUGGCAGACAAUCUGUUUAUACCCUGUUCAAUUUCUUUCAGGGCUUCAAACAACACCUCCUGCACCCAGAAAGU